GGCGGUUGUGGUGUCUUUUGUCCAAUCAUCUCCUGAUACAGCCGGAAUGGGCGGGCCAAGACGUCGGUUACGUAGGUUGUCCCUUGCAUCCUACCGGUGCCUCUCAGCCGUUUAACUGGACUGCAUUGCUAAACCAUGGGCAGUGUGUUGGCUGCCAGCUCCCCAAACCCACCCCCGGCCUCAGGGGGUGGCAGUGCCCCAGGGGGCGCAGGUCUGGUGUCGGUACCCCCAGGUUUCACCAUGCCCCCAGUGUCUGCUGUCCCAGCCUCCUCGGGCACCCAGGGGCAAACUGGGACGGACACAGAGUCCUCUCUCCCUAACCCCGGCACAUUUGAAGAAUGUCAUCGGAAAUGCAAAGAGGUCUUCCCUGUGCAGAUGGAGGGGGUACGAUUGGUUGUCAACAAGGGCUUGAGUAAUCACUUCCAGGUUAGUCACACAGUUACUCUUAGCACCUUGGGGGACUCAGGUUACAGAUUUGGAGCUACGUAUGUGGGCAGCAAGCAAACAGGACCUACAGAGUCUUUUCCGGUCAUGGUGGGUGACAUGGACAACACGGGCAGUCUAAAUGCACAAGUCAUUCAUCAGCUUACCAACCGCAUUCGCUCGAAAGUGGCAAUGCAGACACAGCAACACAAGUUUGUAAACUGGCAGUGUGAUGCCGAAUAUCGUGGUGAUGACUUCACAGCUGCUGUUACCCUUGGCAACCCAGAUGUUCUCGUUGGAUCUGGUAUCCUUGUGGCACACUACCUCCAGUCCUUGUCUCCUUCUUUGGUAUUGGGUGGUGAACUUGUCUAUCACAGGAGGCCAGGAGAAGAGGGCACAGUCACAUCAUUUGUGGGCAGAUACACAGGUAGUAACUAUGUCGCCACGUUGACUGUUGGAGGAGCUGGUGCACAUGCGUCAUAUUACCACAAAGCUAACGACCAGCUGCAGAUUGGGGUAGAGUUUGAGGCCAGCACACGGAUGCAGGACACAAGUGUUUCGUUUGGCUAUCAGUUGGAUGUACCUAAAGCAAAUCUGCUUUUUAAAGGUUCUGUAGAUAGCAACUGGGUGGUUGGAGCGACGCUGGAAAAGAAGCUGGUACCUCUUCCUCUAUCACUAGCUUUAGGCGCCUUCCUUAACCACCGCAAGAACAAGUUUCAGUGUGGCUUCGGAGUCACCAUCGGAUAGAACGGCAGUGGCAUCUCAAGAAUCUCAACAGAUAAAACCCUCCACCACGCUUGGACCGGUGCAAAGAGACAUGGGGACAUGGACCAACACUGAAACGGACUCAGACUCCCAGUAUUAGUGGACGGACCAGGACAAAGAGCUCACAGGACUGUCCAGCAGAGCUCUCAUCAAUCUAAAUGUUCAGUUAUCUGAUCAGCAGACAGUAACAUAAGGUUUGUUUUUAAAUAGACAUAAUUUAAAAGUAUGUCUGAUAUGCAUAUUACAGGCGUUUUGAAAGGACAUGCAUAUCCAUAUUCACAAUGUCAUUCUGAUACAGUCAGAAAAUAUGGACAUGCCUUUUUUCUUUUUGAGAUAGUUUUCAAAAGACGGUUUUCAUAAGAGAUCAAGAUUUAUGCCGUCGUCAUUUUUUGAUCAGUGAACAAAAACACUUGGGUCUAUAUAAAUGUGGCCAGGCGGUUUGUGUUUUCUUUUUUUUACUUGAUCAUGUAAAAAAUUAAAGAUAAUCGUCAAUAAUUCACUUCAAUAAUAAAAUGCUGUUUGUCAAAAUUAUGAGAAUUCAAUGCAUGGGAAGCUGUGGGUUUAAAUAGUGGGUUGUUUAAGUCGAUGCCUGUGUCCCUUUGUCUCAAAUAACUAGUCAAUCAGAACCGUCUGAGACUUUUGAGGUCUUUUUCCUGUGUAUGUCUGUUAGGGUCUUAGGGCCAAAUUCGAAUGCCGGUUUCACACUGACCGGGCAUAUCCAAUCAGACUGUCCUUUUUGUGUCUCAACAUGAAAUGCGUCACUAAAUUUUCCACAUGGAAGAAUUUCCAAAGUUUGUAUUGUUUUAAUUAGUUGUUGUACACAGUCGAGAGGUAUUUGGGGCAGUCAAAGGGUUGGUGCAGAUACUGUAAUAAACCUUAAGCUGGUUUUAAUGCCCAUGUCUCAUGCUGAUUUCAUGUCUUUGUGACAUGGUGGAGUACUAUUAAAACAGGCCUAUUGAAUGGCCUGAUCUGAAUGGAUUAUUUUAGUGCAAUUAUGUUAAAUAAACAUUUGGUUGUGAAUUGA